AUGCGGUGGCCGCCGUUAAUCUUCCAGAUCUUUGCUUUUUGUUCUGCAGCAGGUCCGUUAACUGUUGUUAUGGACCUGAACGAGAAAUUUUUAGAAGUUAGUAAUGAGGGAAUGUGGAUAGUGAAGUUCUACGCUCCAUGGUGUGCGCAUUGUAAGCGUUUGCUUCCCGUAUGGGAGCAUCUUGGAUAUGCGGUCAGUGACAAAAAUCUACCUGUGCGAGUAGCCAAAAUGGACUGCACUCGAUUCACUUCGGCAUGUAAUAAGUUGUCGAUCACUGGAUACCCCACUAUAUUCUUCUUCCGUCAAGGACGUCAGAUAGAGUAUUCUGGUGAGCGCACUAAAGAGGCGCUAUACAAUUUUGUUGUAAAAAGUUCUGCCCCCAUUGUUGAGAAAGUCAACGCUGUUAGGCUCAACGAGAUCAGACGAGAUUCACGGUAUGACCCAGCGUUCUUGAUCAUUGGCGAUAUUUCAUUCCUUUCCCUACAGAUCAGACGAGAUUCACGGUAUGACCCAGCGUUCUUGAUCAUUGGCGAUGAGAAGGAUGAAGUGCAGGCCAAAUUCGAAACAAUAGCCGAUUCCUUGUUUUCAAAGACCAGAUUCUUUUCCGCUGAUCCUAUAGCGGUUCCGACAUCGCUGCGUGAGUCUGGAGCUCGAAUAGCAGUAUUUAAAGAUGAGUCAUUCUUCCCCUACCAUGGAUCUGUAGAAGGCCUAAAACGUUGGAUUUUGGCCGAAAGGUGGCCACUGAUGCCUCGUGCCACACCAACUAACCUUGGAGAACUUGCUAGUACUGGCAAGCUCACAGUGCUUGUUGUGUGCAGUGAGUUGGAGAGACUAAAUCAAUCUUCACCAAUAGGGAUAUUCUGUGAAAUGGCAAGACGCGCUGCCGAGGAUUUACGAAAGAACGAAUAUCUGUGGUCACGUUAUCAAUUUGCGUGGUUAGAUGGCCCUGAAAUAGCAAUGAACAUCAUUAUGGGAAAUAUGGAGCCUCCUAAUAUUCUGGUCUUCAACUAUUCCACAUAUGAGUAUUAUUUGAAUGAUGAUGAACCAGAAAAGAUGACACGGGCUUCGAUAGUGACGUGGCUCGAUAAUCUGGCUGAUGGUAUAGAGAAAGGGACAACUGUUGCGCUUGGAGGUCGCUCGUGGCCGACGAGAAUAAAACGUAUGUUCUACGAGGUGUACUCCAACGUUGCGCAGAUGUUCGCCACUCAACCACUGUUGUCAUCUUGCCUCUUUGGUGUUCCUAUUGCGUUCCUCAGCAUAAUUUGUUAUAGUAUUUGUUCUGCGGACUUUACCGUCGACAGAGAAGAGUUCUAUCCCGACGAUGAAGAUGAAGAUUACGACGAGUCGGUGGAAGAGGACGAACGAGCCCAUCUAGUCGAUCCAAAUCACGCGAAAAACGAGUGA